AUGGCUCGGGAAGGCCUCCUGGGGGGGGGGCAGAGGCUGGGCUGGCUGAGAGGUACCACGGAGGUAACGUUCGACGUUCCGUCUGAAUACAAGCGUGGAGAAGCAAUCCAGGUCCGCCAAGAGGUACCUCACAUGUACCUGCGGCAUCACAAGACAAAGAGCGAGCCCGCUAUUACUACAGGCGCUGGAGCACCACGACACGACGAGGCCCAGCGACGAGGCCGUGGCUUACGAGAGAAUGUCAGAUGGGGCGAGAUAAGCCUGCGUAAGUCGCGCGUUUAA